GGUCCUGUUUUCUUUUCUUCUUCUCCAUCCCGUCCGCCAUUGCAAGUUGCAGAAGUCGCAGACAAUUUCGGUCGGCAGGAAGGAUUCCUGCUAUUUUCUGCCCUGAAAGUAGAGAAAUACCCAACAGAUCAUCAUGUCAGGCUGGAGAGCAGCAGGUCUUACCUACAUUCGGUACUCCAACAUCGCCGCCAAGCUGGUGAGGGAAGCCCUGAAGCCCGAACUGCGUGCUGCCGCCACCAAGCGUGACGACUCAUCCGUCAGAAUGACACCUUGGAAGGACGGAAAGCCCAACAAGCCUGAAUAAGUCACUGGAUGACACAAAGGAGCCACAAUUCCUGGUGCUGAGUGAAAAUAUGGAUCCAUCUUAAAAUAGGUUAGCUGCUAUGUACACCUUGGGUUCAUCUGAGCCUUCUGUUCACAAUGUCAAUGUUAAUACAAGUUACAGAAAAUAUAUACAUAAAAAUCA